AUGUCCACCGGCUCUGCUGCAAGUGAUGCUGAGGACUAUGAAACAUGCCACGGGAGGAAGAUCACCUGCUAUAAUCCCGACCGGUACUCGGAUGAGGAGUUGGAGGAUGACGGUGCGGAGGGGAGGAUCACGCACGAGCGCAAACUGCCCAAAGGGCACCAGAAGGACGCGCGGCAGUCUCAGAGAAACGCGGCCAACGCCAGGGAGAGGUCGCGGAUGAGAGUGCUGAGCAAAGCGUUCUGCAGACUGAAGACCAGCCUGCCCUGGGUACCAGCGGACACCAAACUGUCCAAACUGGACACGCUUCGUCUCGCCUCGAGCUACAUCUCUCACCUGAGGCAGCUUCUGCAGGAGGACCGCUUCGAGAACCGCUUUGCACACCCAGUCAACCUGACUUGGCCCUUUCUGAUGACAGGCCGAUCAGAGGACAUGCAGGACAUCUCGCCCUCCGUACGACUGUGUGGAGCAACAGCGUAG